AUGAUGCAGGGGAACCAGCAGGCAAACCGCCAGCAGACCAUACAGCAGUUGCUGCUCAAGCACUACCGCCAGGCGCAAGAGAAGGCUCCUCCCGGCUGGCAGCAACAAAUCACCGCCGAGGAACGAGGAGGGCUCGCCUUGCAGUUCUUCACUUCCUACCGAUUGCUCAAGCCCGACGCCCACGAGAACGAUGCUCUGCGCCAAUCAUUACAAUUCGAGACUGCGAGUUUCAUGCAAUCGCAAACAAAAGAGCAGUACAACACCACCCUCCGACAAAAGCUCUUCACGAUGCAGAGCCUUCGCCAGCAGCAGCUACAGGGCCUGAACCCUAAUGCCAACAAUCCCAUGAACGCGAUGAACCAAAUGAAUGCCGCGCAGAUGGGCAUGAUGGGCCAAAACCCUCAGAACCCGGGUCAGAAUACCCCACAGCAAGGGUUUCCGAAUCCUCAGCUCCGACAGCAAAUGCAGGCGUCUGCCAUCCCCAUGUCGCAGAGCCAGUCUGCCAUGGGUGCGCAGGGUGGAAAUAUGGGGAACCCCGCACAGGCGCCUAAUAACCCACAGCCAAAUUUGCAGCAAGGCCAGCAGCCAUCCCAACAACAAAACAUGAUCAUAUCACGCCUCACUCAGCGCUUGAUGGACCAAGCACGACCGGAGAUCCGACAGCAAUUUCAGAAUGAGGUCAACAACUGGCCCGAGGAUAAGAAGCAGCAACUCUUAAGUCGGGGCAUCAACCCUCUGUUGUUCAGAUUCAGACAGCAAGCCGAGAACAUGCUCAAAAAUGGUAAAAUCUCUCGCGAACUGCUCGUGCAACUACAGAACCAGGCUCAGCCCAAUCAGGCGGGCGGUGGUAUGCAGCAAGGGCAGAUGGCGAAUCAAAUGAAUGCCAACCAGCGCCAAACCAGUCAGCAGUUCGACUUCAACGCUCUGGCAAAUCAGCAAAAUGAAGCAAUGCGGGUGCAGGACCAGGGCCAGCAAGUCGUUCCCGCAAGCAACAACAACAGCAACGUCGGUGCUCAAAUGGGCAACUUUCCCCCUGGACAGCAGCAGAAUGCUGCUAUGGCCCAACGCCAAGCUGCGCAAGCAGCUGCCUUCCAGAAUGCAAACGCCAACCUACAACGUCAAGCCGCUCAGGCUCAGGCGGAAGCACGGGCUCGACAGGCGAUGCAGCAGCAGAACCUACAACAACAGAUGGGAACUCCCAAUCUCCACGGUCAGCCGGGAGGCCUUAAUCGUCCGCUAGGUACCCCCAAUCCGAACGCAGCAAUGUCAAUGCUGAAUCGUCCUAUGGUGCCACCUGGCCAACCAAACCCCACCACGCCCCAACAACGUCCUCAAGCUCACGUUCCUCAAAUGACACCCCAAUCUCAAGGCCAGGUGGACCAAUCACAGAUCUCACAACUCAUGCGAGAGGCUCAGCAACGAGCUCAGCAGGCUGCUGGCGUACAAGGCCAACCUUUGACGGAGCAGAUGCGGAUGCAGAUGAUACCUCAUGAAUUAGAUCCUAUGGUGAAACAACAAUUACUGAAGGUCCCCGAGCCUCAAUUUCGUCACAUCCUCGGUCAGUACAUGGCCAAUGCCCGACAAAGAGGCAUGAUCAACGGCGCCUUUCCAGGAGGCCAACCUCCCAACGGUCAGCCCAACAUGAUGAUGAACCCCGGACAGAACAUGCCAAUGGGAGGCAUGGCGAACGGUCUCAUGAACGGACAGAACAUGGGGAAUAUGCGACCAGGGGGCUUGGGACAGCCGAUGCCAGGCGCUAUGGGUGGUCAACAGAUGGCUAUGGGACAACGUCCUGGCCAGCUUCCGCACCAAGCCCGCCUCCUCCAUGCUCAGCAAACGCUUCAACAAAAUCCAGGAAUCAUCUCCAUGACUGACAACCGAAUCUUUCCGCCGAGUGCCCUCAAUGCUCAGAUACGGCAGAUAUUACCACCGGAGAUCAAGACCUGGGCUCAGCUUAAGAGCUGGACGCAGCAAAAUCCAAACCUCACUCCUGGUGUCGAUAGUCAGAAGCUUUUGCUGCUACAAGUCUUGCAUUUCCAGGACUUGAUGAAGCAAUCACAGCAAAAUGGUAUGGCUGGACAGCGUCCACAGCAACCACCGAACAAUAUGGGGCCAAUUGCACCACCAGCCCAGAUGACUCCAGGCUCUGUUCCUAAUCGGCCACCCCAGCAGCAACCCAACAUGGCCAACCUUGGCCCUGUUCAAGUUACUCCCCAGGAGAUUCAGGCAUGGCGACAGCGAUUGCCCCCGCAACAAGCCAAUGCCACCGAUGAGCAACUUCGCAACUUCAUCAUGCAACAAAAGAUAAAUGUACGGAGGCAGCAACAAGCGACAAUGCUCAACAUGCAAAACCAACAACGGAAUCAGGGCCAGCCGCAGGGCCUGAUGGCCGGACAAGGUCCACAAGCAACACGGCCGCCUCCAGCACAGGCCCAACCCGCCCAGGCUGCCCCGCAGACGAAGCCAGCAGGCCAGCCAGCUCCACCGGCGCAGCCAAACGCCCAGGCCAACAUGACCAAGAGCAUGAAACGACCUAAUGACGAUGGAGCUGAUGCUGGCGGCGAAGUUCAGCCUCCGAAUGCAGCACCGCAAGCGCCGGCCAUGGUUCCUUCUCGAUCACAGCAAGGAGUGAACUUGACCCAGGAGCAAAUGUCGAAGAUGGGACCGCAGCAACAAGCGCAGAUGCGCGCCAACCUCAUGAAGGCCCAGGAUGCUUCAAACAAGCAGUCACAGGGACCACGUCUGCCGAGUCAAGAAGAGCUUUCCGCUAAGCUCAAGGAGCCGGAAAGGGAGAAGAAAUUCAAGAUGAUGAUCCAACAAGAAGAGAGCAGACUUCCCAAGGCCCACGUGCAACACAUCUCCCCUGACGUGCGAGCAACCUUGCAACAAACCAUCAAGGAGAAGCUACCUCACAUCAAGAAGGUGGAACAGGCCUUGCGCAUUUUCCUUAUCUCGUAUGAAUCGCCUGAGUCUGAGAACCUUGCGAGAACUGUGAUCAGGGCCCGAAUACUGCUCUUGAGGCAGUUAAACCCGGCAGACGGUACAUUACAUCCAGAAUUGACCUUGACGGAAACGGAAUUUGGCAUGAACAUCCGCCACAUACUUCAAUUCGUUGGUAAAGUUAUGUCCAGGAUGGCCAGUCAGCAAGCUCACGCCAAACCUGGCCAACAGAACCAGCAACAGCCUCAACGGGAAGCAGUGACGCCGCAACUCAAUGCGGCCAACCUCAAGAUCGUUGAACAACAGCAGCGCCAGCAAAAGGCACCCCCAGCACCGACUGCGAGUCAGCCGCCCUUCCAGCUUGGUGGUGCUUCACCUUCAGGUGCUCCCAAAUAUUUUGAAGGCGCGAAGCCACUCACGCAUUUGUCGUUGCCUGAGAAGAAGAGGCAGAAGAUGGAUCCCAACAGCCAGACAUCGACUCCUGCAUCGAAACAGUCACCGCGCAUCAGCUCUAGCAAAGGCAAUUCCCCCGAGCUCAAACGACAAGCGCCGCCGGCUGCCCAGAAGCCUACCUUCAAAUGCAGAUUCUCUGAUUGCGAGUACUCCAUGCGUGGAUUCGAUACGCAAGCUGAAUUGGAUACUCACGUCAGCCACAUCCACACCAAGAUCGACGAUCCUGUUCAAUUUGCUUUGGAGGCCAUGGCAGAAUAUGUGGAUGUUGAUCCGAAGACUGGCCAGCCUAGGCAGGAUCCCGCUGUAGCUGCUCGUGGAAAUAAGCCGGCAUCCACUGCACCUCGCGCGCCUCCGCAACCCAUCAAGGCCGCGCACACUCCUGGCAUGCCGCAAUCAGCUGCUACUCCGGCCGGUCAUGCUGCGGCUACGCCAAUGACCCGUGUUCCAACACAGACCGGCAUUAAGGGUUCCCCUUCAACCAAUCUUCUCAAGACACCCCAGGCAUCUAUCAAAGUGGCCACACCGAGCACUGGCGCCCCUGGCAAACCAACACCAGCCAGCGUCACGAAGGCCACACACAAGGAGUCUGACGUACAGCCCAAGCUUCGACCCGAAUUGGAAGAGGAUGUCCAGCCGCUUGUCCCGGUAUCCCUUUUCGAUUUCUCGUAUGACGAUAUCUACUCUGUACUCGAUACGAACGGGCCGCUUACAACACUGGAUCUCAAGGACGAGGACAACUCGUGGGCGCUCCGGUCACGACCUAGCUCGCCGCUUGAUACACCGGAUUCUACUUCCAAGGACACUCCGUCCACGCGGCAGUCGGACAUAUCUGAGAACGAUAACUUGCAGAUCAACCUUGAUCUCAAAGACGCCGAUAUGCCUGAAGCCUGGCUGAAUAUGACUGGCGACGCACUUCCUCUUCAUUUGAUGCUGUCUCAAGACCUCGAGGCUUUAGGCGUCACCUUGCCGGCUAUGGAAAGCGACGACAUGAUGUCGUUUCACCCUGACAGCGUGAUGAUGGACCUUGACAGCAUCGACAAGGCCAUGGACAGCAUGGGUGGAAUGCCUGGCAUCUCUGUCUAG